CGACGAAUUAGCGCGUCAAAGUCUAAAUAUUUAGCGUUAGGCUUUAGCUCCGUAUUCAUAUCUCGAUUGGCCUAUUCAUUCACCGAUCACUAUCUCUCGCUCGGAAGACAGCCAAAGAAUACACGCUUGGUUUCUCACUCUAGCACAUAAUGACGGAUACAACUCAAGUAAAGAGGUCUAGCCAUAAUUCCUUCAAAAAUCUAUUCACCAAGGCUUCAAACUCUACUCUAAACAAAAGGACUACACUUCCGAGUUCGCUUCCAGUGAGCGUAAAUCGCAGGCACAGUGCUAGCAACUAUCCACCCCCAUAUGCCGACGUGACACCUGCAAAGAAAUUCUCUAUCAGUUCAUCCGUCAGAACCAGCAACACUACACCCCACGUACCAAAACGUACGACUAGUUUAUAUCAACCAUCAGAAACUUUUCUCAACAAAAAUGCCGCUAUGUCACGCUCCACUAUACCCGACAGCCAAUCAAACGAUGAUUCACUUCAAGACAUUAAGGCCACAUUCGAAAGAAUGAAAGAUUACCUCGCUAGUAGGGACUCAUUGUCGUCUGUAUCUUCAGACUUGACUACACCUAAACCAAGCGUAUUAGGUUCAAAGCAUAUGGCAGAGAAAACACAAUUCAAUACAUCAAAUAAAGGUGGUAUCACACAUCACACUUCACCAACAGUAGAAAGCCUGGCUGUAACGAUAGAAGAACCUUCAUUUGAGGAGCAAUCAGAGUUGGAUAGAGAGUAUGAAGCCUUGAUGGAUAGACAAAAUUUACUCCCGCGAUCAGCUUCCACAACAGUAGCUCUCAAUCCAUCAAUUAUUGUAGAUGAACCAGAAGUCAUCACUCCUACACCCCGUUCAAAUAAUUAUAGUCCACUUAAGAUGCCAGAUGCACAAUUGGAAAUGGAGACUAGUACACCUACCCAAUGCACCAACAAGAGAAUGAGUAUGCCUGCUAAUCUUCCAUCCACUCAACAUCACGAUGAGAGGCGAUCAUUGACCUACCCAGAGGGCUAUAGCAACUUGUCAAGAUCAAGGAUGUCGCAACAACAACAACAAAGUCAACUUUCAUCGUCUAGUUUAUGUAGUGCAGCUAGUAUGACAUCUCCAAUCACGAAUACGAUGUACGGUUCACCUGGUUUGAUGACCCCAUCUACUUCAACCACUAGUAUUGGCGGUGCCGGUAACGGUGAUACUAGCCUGAACCUGCACAGAUUAUCUAAACAAGAAUUGUUUAGAUUGCUAGUAGAUACACAGUCUGACUUCCACGCACUGAAAAGUCGCUAUGGAUUAGAAAAGGGCGCAUUAGAAGACCAAUUGAGGGAUACACUCGAGGAAGUUGAUAAUCUCGUCGAGGAAAACGAAGUCCAAAAACAAGAUCUUGCCAAGGAGAAACAAUAUGUCGCAGCCUUAAGAAGAGCGCUGCAUAGGGACAAUGACGGGGUUGUUUACGAAUUAGAGAGAUCUUUCAACUCCAUAGAUGAACUAAAAGGCUUAGUUGAUCGUCAACAAGCCGUAAUCGAUGAGCAAAAAGAUGUUAUCAAUAGAUACAAAUCGUUAGACGACAGUGUAAGAUUCCCAAAUAAUACCAAUAUACAAACGAACAAAAGUAAUUUGUUAGGAGAUGUAACUGCUCCUUUCUUACAGCAGUCACACCCAGAUGAUACAAGUUUCAUUUCGCAACAGAGCGAUCUGAUAGUCGAUAUUGAUUCAACAGUCCACGAUGAGAAUGGAAAAUGGACUUUAGGUUUAGAUGACGACGCGAGGAGGGCGUUAGAUGCAUAAAAGGAUAUUUUUAUUUAAUUUUGGGUUUGUAGCAGCUAAUAUUUUGUAUAACAGCUAUACACAAAAAUAACU